CAGAGCCGGCCAAGUCCGGCGACGCCCAGAGCGGAAGCGGGAAGUGUGGGUGCUGCUGUGGGGUCCUGAGGACUGAGCCUACUCACUCACCUAGGGGCCGGGAUGUCGAAGAACACGGUGUCGUCCGCCCGCUUCCGGAAGGUGGACGUGGAUGAGUACGACGAGAACAAGUUUGUGGAUGAGGAGGACGGCGGCGAUGGACAGGCGGGACCCGACGAGGGCGAGGUGGACUCUUGUCUGCGACAAGGAAACAUGACAGCUGCUCUCCAAGCUGCUUUGAAAAACCCCCCCAUCAAUACCAAGAGUCAAGCAGUAAAGGAUCGAGCAGGCAGCAUUGUCCUGAAAGUGCUCAUCUCCUUUAAAGCUAAUGAUAUUGAAAAGGCAGUUCAAUCUCUGGACAAGAAUGGUAUUGAUCUCCUAAUGAAGUAUAUUUACAAAGGUUUUGAGAGCCCCUCUGACAACAGCAGUGCUGUGUUACUGCAGUGGCAUGAAAAGGCACUUGCUGCAGGAGGAGUUGGGUCCAUUGUUCGAGUUCUGACUGCAAGGAAAACUGUGUAAUCCAGCAGGAACUGGAUAUCUGCUGUGGGGGUGGGAGUCGCUGGUACAAAGACCAAAACAACCAAAUGCCACGGCUGCCCUUUGGGUAGCAUCUGUGUCUCUCAGCUUUGCCUUCUUGCUUCCUUUUCCUAACUGUAAAGAAAAUGACAUAUCAGUUUUCAUUUGAUGAUAAUUGGAAUAAUAUGAGGAAAUGUUGUUUCAACAGGAGUGCUUCGUGCUCUCAGUACUGUCUCAGUGGUGUGUAUACCAGUCUGUAUAUAGUAUUAUAAUUUACAUUCAAGUAUAAUUGUGCAGUUUUUAACCCCUAUUGGCUGGUGUUUGAGGGGUUUGGCUUUUGUUUUUCUUUGGUUUUGAUUUUGGUUAAUAAUUAGAAAUUUGAUCAGAAUUUGAGGCCGGUUUCCUACCUAAUUACUAGCCAGGAAAUGAUCUUUCUAAAACAUGUGUUUGAGAGACUGGCAGCUAUUAACAAAGCAAAACUGGACCAUACUGCCCUUAUUUAAGCAAAAUGUAUUUCUGGAACAAGUGGUGUGGGAAAGCACUGCCAAGCUCAGCCGUUUCUGCUGCCUACAGACUGUGUGAGUUUUAAGUAUGCUUCUUCCUCUCAUCAAUCAAUAAUUGUGACCUCUCGACUUCCUUUGGUUACCCAGGGUCCAGAGCAAGGAAUCUUGCUCAAUACGUAUGUAUCUCUAAAAUAUCAGAGCCUGUUUGGAGGAACAUAAAACUUUUAUUCCGGUAACAUGACCCUAUUUGGGGAAACUCCUCCAGACCAGAAAGGGCAUGGAAACUAAGACUUGGUUCAAACUCUGGGCAGCCUCUGAAUGAAAUCCGACUCACUUUAGAAAUAAAGUGACUGCCUUAGACAUUCUGAGGCAUGUAUCUGAACAUUCAACAUGCCCUGGGAAGGUCUUCAGUAUUCUUUGGGGUAAUCAUAAUCCCAGAAGACUGUUUCUGAUCCAGACAUACACAUUCUCAAUUUUAGCUCAGUGUUUUUUUAAAAAAAAGAAAAUGCCGCACAGCCAAAAGUGUUUACUUUCUUGGACAGACCAAAUCGGUUCUUAAAAAAAAUGACCGGUGCUUAUUGAAAGGUAUUCUUCAGUAGUGGCUCCAAAACUAACCACCUGAAUGCUUAAACUAAGAGAGAAAUCAGCCUGUGUUUCCUAUUUACAUUGGGCACCAGAUUCAUAAUCACUGACAUGUGAAAACUGGUGCCGAAAUUCUAGAAACUCUUUGCUGUUUUUGAUACCUGCUUUUUUGUUUUGUAAAGACUGUAAAAUUCAGAAAAUAAACUGUCAGUGUUGAAUAA